UCCACUAGGUCGGCAGAUCCGUUCGUCACCUCACCUCAGCCAUGGUCUUCAGCCUGGCAAGCGCCGUCUUUCCAAGAUACUUACGGCACCACCGACCGACAAGACUCGUUUCCCUGCUAUGAGGCACCUCCCGACACUUCUGCACCACCGGGUGUCGACCGCGUCGACAGUUCUGUCUUUCCCGACGUUGUCGAGCCCAAUCAGUACCGAGAUGGGAUUCUCGACCCAGCGUUAGUCGACUUCCUCCAACUUGACGUUGGCGAACAGUACCUCAUCGAGCGACGCCUGCAACGGCAACCCUGGAAGGCACUUACGGCUGGCUUCCAGCAGCGCUUCGGCGUUUCGGCAUCCUCGACGCAGUCUGCUCUAAUGAUGAGGCUAAGCCGAUUGAAGAAGGAGCACCCUCAAAUCCGCUCAUUGUUCGAGGAAGCGUCUCUGAAGGGACAUUCCAGGAGACCAAAAGAG